AUGUCUCAGGAUAUUUUGGAGAUUUCGAGUUUUGCAGGCUGUGAUCAGAAGGCAUAUGGAUUUGGCGUUGUUUCACAGCAUUGGCAACUCAAGGAUAUGCUGAAAAUCAAUGGGAUGUCCUUAGUUUUCGCGAAAGAGUCCAACGUUAUGUCUUAUGAAGUUUGUACAGGAAUAACCAAUACACUGGCAAACAUGGAUUUCUCGCCCACUUCUAUUUGCAUGAAGAAUGAUAUAUUAGCAGUUGGUGGAGCAAAAGGACAGCUGAGCAUAAAGAACCUUGCCACUGAUGAAUUAAUUUCGCGAGCAAUAAGCACAUCAAUAAAUAACAACAUAUGCAUUCAUGGCGACAAGGUUUUUGUUUGCAACAAUGACAGAAUACUGAGGAUCCUGACGAUUGACCUCAAGAGCGAGCAAAGGAUAGUUCAUGUUGCACAAGUAAACAGUUGUGCAGUUAGUCCUGACAACAAAUUUCUAGCUGUUGUUGGUGAUUCGAACGAUGUGUUUAUGUAUUCGUUAGAAAGCGAGGGAUGCAGAUUAAUAAUGAAGCUGAAGACUGUAAACGACGGGGGAUUCAGUGUUGCAUGGAAUAGUUCGUCAUCUGCAUUUGCUGUUGGAACACAAGAUGGAUAUGUGUGUGUAUGGGAUAUACGGGGCAGUGGUGUUCUUCAUAGAUUUGAAAGCAAGCAAAGAGAUGAUCAUAGAGGUGCAGUAAGGAAUGUGAAAUUUUCAAUGAAAGGCUCGCUUGACCUUCUUUUUUUUACUGAGCAGUUUUCAUAUGUUACAAUAUGUGAUACAAGAGAUAUGCGGCGGAUCCAACGGAUCAAGAUAUUUCCAGACAAGCAAGUAACAGGAGCAACGUUUUCUGAGAAUAGUGAGAAGAUAUUUGUAAGUACGGACGAUCAAGUGAAGUACUUGAGCAUUAAUACAAAGCUGAGGCGGAUGUUUGCAGAUGUAUGA